CGCACAGGUACGCAGUAGGUUAAGUUGUCUUGAAGAGUACCGUACGCUAAGGCAAUCAGCAAGCGCCUUCCGAGGAAGCUUUCCAAAUCGUCCUAAUAUACUACAAGAAGCGUAAAGAUACCUACGGCUGUUUUCAAAACCUAGCAUCAAAUUUCCGGUACUAAAGGCCCCCACGAUGACGUACGAACCACAUGCGCCUAUGUCACCCGGAUUCCUCCACUACUUCCUUGACAUUAAUCGCAAAAACGGAUAUCAUUGCGUUUUUCCCGUGCCCUUUCACGCCUCCGCUUGCCUUCUGCUUACCGUGUUCUUCGACGCCUCCCGGACCCUCCUGGACACAUCCUGGUCCCCAGCCGAGUUUUCUUGGAGCGCCGUCGAAGACAGCCACCGCUUCAUCAGCGCCAUCGCCGACUCUGCCCAUUUACCGCACGUGCAAAACUGGACCCUCGACUUCAACUGGGAAACACCAUCAGCAGCAACAUCACUUGCCAAGCCACCUAUAAAGGACCAGCAAUCACCUCACGCAAUCUGUGGGCUCGGCAGCUGUGCCACGGCACGGUUAUCGAAUCUGGCUCUCUUCAUCAUGCAGUAUGGCUGGAAGCUCGCAGACAAGGACGCAUAUAUAAGCGACACGUUGAGACCACCCUUGUUCGAUGGCUGGACACUUCGAGUGUUUUUUUACGCUGCAAAUCCAAUUCAGUCAGAGACUGCAGUGCAAGUUGGAUGGAACUCCGUAAAUCCGUCCAAAUAUGUAAUCAGAGCAGAAGCUCGAGGGGGCCGUCCAGCCGUGACUGGUAGAAGAUCAUCAACCAGGAUUGGCGACCGAUUUAAUGCAAAUAAUAUUAAACAAGGCGAAUAUUUCUCUUUAGCUAUUCAAAUCGGUCAUGAGUAUCAUAAAUUUAGGGGACUUUUUGAUGAAAAUACCGGCCAUGAGCAUGAUAUGGGGAGUAUAAACACUAUAACAAAAUGGCAUUUAAAGAUUACUCCAUCUUUGAAUAUUAUUACUUCAAUCCAUGUAUACGAUGCUAAGGGAUAUGCAUACCCACUUAAUGGCCUCGGAUCAGAAUUUCUUAUUAACCACGUUCCCCUGAACGUCGGAUCAUACGGAAUUUUUUAUUGUAUAUACGGCAAUGGCUGGGGAGAACUCACCAUUGAAUUCCAUGAUGGAAACAACCGCAGAAGCCACCGUUACAGCAAAACGGGUUUGAAGAUUAAUUAUUUAUUCAACGUGUACAUUCGUAACACGCCUGCAGGGUGGCUUAUAUACGCAGAUUUUCAGGCAACGCCAGUCCUCAUAGUACAUGAAGUCUAUCAUGAUAUCAUCUCGCCUAUAUUCACCCCAGCAGGCAUCCUAAUGAUGAAUAUGGAAUCUUCCUACUAAACCUAAUUGGCGCCACUGCAGGAAUAAACAGAUUCUACUCUAA